AUGGCUUACAUGCCGCCCACCUUCACACCGGACAGCGAAUUCGCUGACCUGGAGACCCCCCGCGGUCCCAAGGCCGGUAGCCUCUCCAUCACAGCCCUCGCCCGCUUCGAGUUCGAGGCUGGCAAGGCCAACGAUGGAACCAAGAUCUUAAUGAUCGAAUGGGAAGAUGAUGACAUUACUCGUUCUUCCGCCGAGGGCUCGUGGCAUGUCUCCUGGGAGGGCAAGACCACCGUCAUGCCGGCCGAUGAACGACCAAAUGAUACUACACGCCGCUUCUACUUCCUGCUUCCACCGAAUACCACCAUCCCGCCCGUCGUCACACUAUCAUACGAGCCAAACACGGGUUCCUCCUCGGCACCGGAUACCCUGCGCUUGAAUCCGCUACCGGCAAUUUUUCCGCCGGAGCUGGGUGCAACUGGUCGCUCUGCCGGAAAGAAAGGUGUACUGCAUACGAUCUGGGCGAAGAAACGACUGCGUGUACUGGAUAAUGAGAUCCGCGACGAGAGUAUAAACAAUGUCGAGGGAGUUGCGCUGCACAUGGCGGUGCAAGAGAAGGAAUGGAUUGAGUCGAACUUCGGCGUCGGAGCACAUGGCGUCGAAAGUGUUGCCAGUAGCCAUGAAUCGUCCAACAAUCAUUCCUCCACUUACCCCGCCACCCCCGUGUCACCCGUCAGUGGAAAGAAGUUGUCUGAUAAGCUCAAAGGAUUGAAGCUGCAGACGAGCGAGCGAGACCUUUCACCUAAUGGCGGAUCAACACCUUCUCUUCUGUCUCCGCAGUCACCGGAUGUCGCUGUAUCUUCAUUCAGCUCCUUCCGCAGCCUUGCCAAUCGAGCACCGCACUCCAUGCCAACUCCAGAUACAAACCCCACCCCAACGCCGAUGUCACAACUGAACCCAUCAGCGCCGGAGUCCCUUAAGCCCGUCGCACUGCACCCACCCGAAGCUCUGCAAGAAGCGCAGAAUAGCACCGACGCGCCUGGCUUCGCACCCAUCAGCUCAAUGGGUUCUAUCGUGCGCACUUCCAGUGCCGAGUCAGGCGAAGAUCUCUUCGCUAAGGCCUUGAGCCCGCGCUCGCCAGAUCUUCCCCGCAGCCCAUUUUCAUUCGCUUAA